AUGGCACAUUUGCCUGCAGCCACCGUCUUCCUGACGGCCUUAUUGUCCGGGUCUGCCUACGCCGCGACGGCCUACAUCGACCCGGACCUCACUCCGUCUUUCCCCCCCCGUGGAUCCGGUUUCCUAGUGCAGCUGCGCAUCGCUGAGAUGAAGAGCAUCUGGAACAUGACGGAUGCGCAGAUUAGCCCUUUCUUUCAGCGUGUGGCCAACGACGGAUUAACCGUCGUGAACUCGCAGAUCACCUGGUGGGACAUCCAGCCAGACACCUACUACAAUGCCACCGAGUCGACCUACAUCCGGGGCGGCAGCUACGCGACCACCAAUUACGCUGACGAGGCCUCGCACGAGAUCGGCUACGACGCCAGCGACGCGUCGCAGCAGGAGCUGACCUACCUCAAGUUUGAUUUCACGGCGUAUACGCUGGGCCAGAUCGAUGCGGCCAAGGGCAUGAACGACACCGACUACUGGUCGACUGCCAGAAGCCCCUCGUGGGACCCGAUCAACGAAGCCUCGUACUAUGACUUCGACGCCUCGCCCGGAGACUCCGUCUCCAAUGGCACUGUCACCUACACCUCCACCUCGACCGGUCUCACCCUCCCGGUUCUCCAGGAUCAGCUGGUCCACUUUGAGACGAAGACGGCCUUCACCUUGCCCUAG